CCGUCGGCUAGUGUGAAAAAUGCUUCCACUUGGACGAGUUCUGCGAGCGGUGGGUAGCUUGCAGAAGUUCCGCUGUCUGUGCAGCAAGGCUUACGGCGAUGCUCUGCCCAGCAGCUGUGAUGUCCUGAUCAUUGGUGGCGGCGGCAUGGGAGCCUCCUCGGCUUUUUGGCUCACGUCCAAGACACGGCAGCGGGGGAAGAAGCUCAAUGUGCUGGUGGUGGAGCGCGAUCAUGGUUACUCGAAGGCUUCUACUGUGCUCUCGGUGGGCGGAGUACGGCAGCAGUUCUCCCUGGCAGAAAACAUACAAAUGGGACUUUACGGCCACGACUUCAUUAUGAACAGCCAAAAGCAUUUGGGUGACGUCGAUCUCUGUUUCCAGCCGCACGGCUACCUGAUCAUGGCCACCUCCCAAGGAGCAGAGAUCCUCACCCGGAACUCCAAGCUGCAGAACGAAUUGGGGGCCCGGAACAAACUGCUCGGCCCGAAGGCCCUGCGGAAGCAAUUUCCCUGGCUGUGCACGGACAAAAUUGAACUGGGCUGCUACGGCAUUGACAAGGAGGGAUGGUUUGAUCCCUGGGCGCUGCUGAUGGGAUUCAAGAAACAGGCGCGUUCCUUUGGCGCCAAGUUCGCCAACGGGGAAGUGGUGGGCUUCGAGUGGAAUGCAGCUGGGGCUUUGUCAGGAGCAGUGGUUGAUGCUGGCGAUGGUACUCAGCAUACUGUGAAGUUCAACACCUGCGUACUAGCGGCGGGAGCACACUCGGGCCAGGUGGCUAGCCUGGCAAAUAUUGGCAGCGCCCAGGCGAAGGAGGCAUCGCUGCGCGUGCCUCUGCCGGUGGAGCCGCGAAAGCGGUAUGUCUAUGUGUUCAGCACGCAGGGCGACAAUGGUCCUGGCUUGGCAACGCCGCUGACCGUAGAUCCGGACGGGACAUACUUCCGACGGGAUGGCUUGGGCGGCAACUUCCUCUGCGGCCGCAGUCCUUGUGAUGAUGAGGAGCCGGACUGUGAUACCUUGGAUGUGGAUCAUGGCUACUUUGACACGGACAUCUGGCCCACCUUGGCAAACCGUGUGCCGUGCUUUGAGGCCGUCAAGGUGCAGAGCAGCUGGGCCGGCUACUACGAGCACAAUACGUUCGAUGCCAAUGGCAUCAUAGGCAGGCAUCCACAUUACAGCAACCUCUUCAUAGCUGCUGGCUUCAGUGGCCAUGGCAUUCAACAGACGCCUGCGGUUGGACGAGCCAUCUCUGAGCUGAUCCUGGAGGGCAGGCUCACCACUCUGGACUUGUCGCGCAUGAGCUUUGAUCGCAUCGUGAAACAGCAGCCCAUGUUCGAGGUCAAUAUAGUCUGAGAGUGGUUGAAUAUUGUUAUCAUUUUCAUUUUGUUGUGUGUAUGUACGUUCUUUUAUUGCAAUUUUCUUGUUGUAUGUAUGUAUAUAUGGUAAUUUUUUCGUAUAGUAAAGUUCACGUUCGUAGUCACGUAAAGCAUUGUUGUGUGUGUUUUGGCUGCAUGUUGUCGAGAGGAAUUGAAGGAGUUGAAGGGUGUUUUGGUCUUGGUUCGGCCACAAGAAUUACUACACAUAAUUUAUUUAAAUUAAGAUUUUAAACAUAGUCGUAAUAUAAUUUUACGGAAUAAUUGCGGACUUAAGAUCAGGUGUGGCUGGCGGGUUGGAGUGGGGAGGGGGCCUGUUAUCAUCUGGUUGUUUUGCCUUUAUUACUUAGUUAUCGUUAUGUAGAGUGGCUUUAUAUAUUUGACGUUUAAACUACAUACAAGAUUUGCAUUUGCCUUUGAGUUGAAUCCGAUCCGCUCUGUCGGGGUGAGCAAAAAAAAAUGCUCAAGCUAUUAGUUAAUAUAAAUAAAUGUGUGUGUAUGAGCGCGCCUACGCGUGAGUGUUUUUAUAUGAGAAUGACUGGAUUGCUACCUAAGCCUCGCUCUCGCCUGGUGCAGCGUUUUCUCCGUCGCUGAUGGGCACGAUCAGAUUCUCCUUCGACAUUAGAUUGUAUUUUGUGACGAAAUGCGUAAAUCGGUGGCAUAGAUACGUUUCUGUUUCGAACUCGUCGAAAAUGCGACGAUGGUGAAAGAAAGCAUGAGAGAAGAUGCGGUAAACGCGCCGACACACCGACCCCAGCUUGGUCACCGACGACUCCUUUAU